GACGUGCCGACGGAUCUUUUUCCAUCGUCUUUGUGCAAACCGAUCCACCGCUGUUGGUCGUAUGAGAUCACCGAAGCGUGGAACCUGUUCCUCGUUCCAUGCGUCUCGAGAUAAAAAAUCGGAGGGCAAUGUUUAAUGGAGGAUAUGAAACAACGUUGCAUCUAAUGUCUCUUACGGGACGAACGUUGGGUUGACACGCGCAGGCUGCAGUUACAUCGCCACCCAAUACCUAUCCAUUGCAUCGAGAUAAUUGAAUCGGCAGUGACUAUUCAUUCCCGAACUGGUGACUCGGAAAAAUACGCUUCUUUGAAGCGAGACCAAACACGGAGGGAGGGAUUUGCAAAAGAUCCUUCGGCCCGAUCGAUUUCCACCGCCGGCGAGCCAUUUUCUCCUCCUCGCUUCCUUGAUUCCAAAUGAGUAGUCAAUUAGUGGUCAAACAUCGAAACAUCGGCCACAAUGGUAGUCCUCGACCUCCGCCAGAAAAUGACUAAUAUCCGGCCGAAACGUAGGGACGGACCAGAGGCAACCGGAAACGGUUGUGCACAUCCAACUCGAGCAAAGGAGGAUGCAGGACAAAGUGAGCGACUUCCUCGAACACCAGUUAACCGAUUUCGACGAAUCUCGAACUCAUGGAAGCAUCGGACAUCAUUUACGAAGAAUACCACAACGGCGGAAACAAAGCGACGACAUCCGCGAGGACGCCGAGGAUUUUCCCAUUACCGCGAGGAAGACCAUCUCGGUCGCAGAGCAGAAGAUUAAGUGAAAUUAAGAUGGAGACUUAGCGAGGUGUUUGGGCGGCGAUACUUUGCCCGUCUCGAGGCAGUUCUGGAGCAAUCUGGAUUAAUCGACAGGGCGGUUAGGACGGCGAGCGGAGCUCGAAGCUCCUCGGACUCGCGCAGCCAACAGUGCAGGCCACUAGAGAAAGUUAAUUUCGCAUGGCCGUUGAACCGAUCGCGAUUACGAUGCUCUAAGAUGCCGUCCCUGCUGGAAGCCCUGGAGCUGAAGUACGGGAGUUCGACAGCUGAGUGCUCGCUGACGGACGAGGAGACGGAGUCGAGCUCGCCGAAGACGGCCCUUUCGGUCAGCAUCUUCAUCCCGAAGAAGUCGCCCCGUCACACGGUCCCGGCCCUGCUGGUUCUUCAAGACUGCGACAUCGAGUCCGCGGGCAACGACGACGAGAAGCUGAGGAACAAAUGCAGGAACGUCGAGGAGCUGGACCUGGCGCAGAACAAGCUUACGCAGUGGGACCAGGUCUUCGGGAUCCUGCAGCACAUGCCGAAGAUCAAGUUCGUCAACCUGAGCUUUAACUGCCUGGACGAGGCGCUCCAGGUCAAGCACGGUAACUACGAGUUGCUGAGGAACCUCGUGCUCAACGGGACCAGGGUCUCCUGGUCCACCGUCCAGGGUCUGGUGCGGCUGCUGCGCAACCUGGAGGAACUCCACCUCUCGCUGAACGAGUACAGGACCGUCGACCUGGAGCACCAUGUCGAGAGCAACAAGAACGCCUGCGUGAAGAAGUUGCACUUCACCGGAAACCCCAUCGAGACCUGGUGCGAGAUCUGCAAGCUGGGCUACGCGUUCCCAAACCUGGAGAGCCUGGUCCUGGCCGAGUGUCCCAUCAGGUCCCUGUCCCUGGAGCAGAACCGGAACUCGCGGAAUCCGAAGACCAAAGCCGAAGAGCCUGUCGCGGGGUGUCCAGAGGACAGCGAGAACAUGAACAUCCCGAGGGACCCCGAGGCCUCGGAGAAGCGCCCCGAAAAUGGGAUUUUCGAGGGGAAGAGCAGGACCGAGUCCGAGUGCGAGUCCUGCAGACCUAAGGUCAGGUCCUCGCACGACCCCUUCAGGAUGUUGAGAUUCCUCAACGUCAACGGAACCCUGCUUUCCACCUGGGACGACGUAGAGAGGCUCGCUAGGUUCCCGGCAUUGAAGUCUCUGAGGAUCCAGGGGUGCCCUCUCUUCGAGAGUCCUCGAGAGUACACGGAACACGAAAGGAGGCAAUUACUGAUCGCCAGGCUACCAAAUGUCGAGACCCUUAAUGGCGGCGGCGUGAUCUCCUCGCAAGAGCGAGAGGACGCCGAGCGAGCGUUCAUUCGCUAUUACAUGGACAAACCCGAAGCCGAUCGGCCAGAAAGAUAUGCAGAACUCGUCGGCAUACACGGAAAAUUGGAUCCCCUGGUUCACGUUGACCUGACACCCGAGAAGAGGGUCAAGGUGACGUUUACGUACGGCGAUCUCAUUGAGGUACGGUUGGUGGACGUUUACAGGACGGUCUUCGAGCUGAAGACGAAGCUAGAGACGAUGGUCAAAAUACCGGCGAAUAAGAUGCGGCUUUUCUACGUGGAUCAGGUGAUGAAGGCGCAAUACGGCCCCGAAGAGAUGCUAUACCCCAACAAGCAGCUGUACCGGUACAACAUCAGAAACGGGGACGAGAUCAUCAUCGACAGCAAGCUGAAUCGAUGCUCUUCGUCGUCGAGCACGUCUUCCAUUCGAUCUUGAAGAGCCACCGUUCUUUAGAAGCCGAGGGUAUCGACACGCGAGAGCGUAUCCCCGCGCCACUUUCGAGGAAAGCUCCCCGAGCUUUCCGGAGCAAUCCGAACUGUACCGCGAAUGCUCGUCGCGAAGGAUUGUCGAGAGAAAGCAAUAACUCUGAGCGUAGUUUUCGAGAGAAGAGAGAUAGAAAGGGACAGAAAGAAUGAGAGACGCGAGAAUUUUGAUAUGUACGUUCUAGGUGUAAUCUAGUGGCUGUAUUCAUCGAUUCUUCAGGGUUUGCGGACCAGCGCCGUCCCGCGGUAGUAUCGGAAACUAAGCGUCCGCAUCCGGCUCAAGCCACGGAAGGAAACGCUCUUUUUCUUCUUGCGAGCCAGGCCAGCCCGCUUCCGGUUCGAUAGACAGCGAAAGAUCCAUCCAGGGUGGAAGAGGGUCACCGACUCGGGCACCCCGAUCCUCGUUUAAUGUCGUUUAUUGUCGAAGGGCGAAUGGUUCCUCAUCUAGAAGAUCAUUUCCGUCUCGAGCCACGACGAGGUCGAAUUAUCGCGCAAGGGGAUUGCUCGACAAUGUAUCGAAAUCGUGAGGAGCUCUCAGGAGCCGGUGCACCCUUCGAGAUCCUGGAGGUCGGUUUAUUUUUGUAAAUCAUUGUUCACGCGCACCGUCAUCGAGUCGUCCGCUCGAGGAGGGUAUUUCGCGAGGCGGGAUGAGAGAAGGAAGUACUUAAAAUGGCCAGAGGACCAACCCGGAGGACGCAGCCUCGAGAGGACGAGGUUAUCGAGAGGACGGCAACCUUGAAGAGUCACUUAGUGCCUGCCUUAGCGUGUAACUCGGAUACUUCUAACACUGCCCUGUAAAUAUUAAAAAUGAUUUCGACUCGCCCGAGUCCCCGGAUCAUCGCGCCCGGCCCGCAAGACCCGAAAGUCGGGAUUCGCUUCUCCUCGGCCUCGAAACCGGCGAGUUCCCGCCGGAAACGACGAGGUGGCACGUCAGAGCCUUCGAAGCGUCGCUCCUUCGACCUGGAUCUCCGAAGCGAGCUUCGACGGGCUUUGGAAGCCCCUCUGUGAUGCGUCUAGUCUCGGAAAUUGAAAAUUCUCCGUCAUUCUGAUUUUAUAUGACACGACCGCUUCUUUCGUCUUUUUUCUUUGUGCUGGCGCAAAUGUGUACGUACUAACAAAAUAAAUCAUUUAUACCCGA